UCUCGUGUUCUCUUGUGACCAAGUGCCCAAUCUCACAAGGUUCUUCAACGAGCUCUGUAACACCUGCGGUCCAUUAAUAAGCAGAAACUUAUCUUGACCGAGCGGUGAUCUUAGAGCUCAAAAUAAUUCACACCAUAUGGCAAGAUUAAUUGGUGUGACAGUGCUCCGAGUGGAAGGAUUCAUAAACAACAAUGUUCUUCAAUUGAGGAGAGAAACAAACGACGAUGGACAAGUGAUUACCCUUUUGGAAACGGCACCCCAUGGUGCGCCUUGCAGUUUCUCGAUUCACAUACAUCUAACGAUUCAUUGCGGCUAUAUAGACUUAUAUACACAACUGACUACGCUUCCGCGUAUAGUUUUCAUGAAGCUAGCGUGAUACAUUACUGAGCUGAUCCUUAGUUGUCGUAUAGCAUCUCCAACGAUGCUCUGUAUUUGCCGCAGCGUGACGCCAGCUCAUCAGAUCGUCUCGCUUAAAAGGAAAAGGCUAUCGAUUCAUGUUGCGUGUCUUAAGCUAUACCCUCGGAUGUGUGUGCCUUCUAUCCGUGUCCUGUCAAGGUCUCAUGCAAGGCCUGCUACCGCUAACCGCUGUUGGAUUGGCUGGCCUCAAGCUUUACUUAGGAAUGCAUUUGCUUGGAAUGGGAGCGUCAAUGGUCGGUCGUCAGCUUCACGGCACAUUAGUUCCCGAUCAGGAUGAGGAUGAUUCAGUAGUAUUUACUACAACAAAUUCGCCUGAGGAGAAACCUCCUGCAACAGAAAAGACUGCACGGAAAAAGCGUUCGUCCGCGAAGUCUGCCGAACGGGUGAAGCGCACUAACGAACUUCCCAAACUCAACGCUGAGAUGCUUCAAUUUAUCCACGAAAUUGACGACGAUCAAUGUUUCGAGAGGUUCUUCUGUCAAAUUGGUGCAGAUCGUGCAGCUUUCGGGAGCUUUGGGACGAAUACCGCUCUGCUACUCGAUUUCUAUAUUCCGGAUAAGACGGCGUGGUACGCAAAGGCAUUGGCGCAGGGACGCGAGUUGCGAAACAAGGAACUUUGUCCCGGAAAAUGUAGAAGCGAGGAUAUACAGAAGGCUGUCAAAUACGUCUCAAAACAUCUUUUCGAUGGGACUUAAUUUAUUAUUUGAUAAGGAGCUUUUGAGGAAAUCAAAUGAAAUAAUUGGUUAAUUAUAAUUGUAUCUGCUACGGAAUGUUGGUAGCAGUGGUUUUGUGACGCAAUCUAGACAAAUUGUAUGUACAUAAAUAUAUUCAACAUAAUACUUUGUUACUAGAAGUGGAAAUUUCUGCCUCAUACUUGUAUGUUACGAAAUCUGUAGACCUAUGUAAAACACAA